AUGGCUGACAACGAUGCUCCCCAUCUAUGCAUUGAGAAGACAACUGGCAACAAGACGCUGCCACUUAGUAACCUCCGACCAUCGCGUUCUGGAUCUGGCCCUCCGAGUCUCGCGGUGCUACACAGCACAUUCUGGAACCCCGGGACAAGUAUUCGCGUCAAGUUCAUGAGCGGCGGAACGCCUCGUGUCCGACAACGCGUUCAAUACUACGCUCAACAGUGGGAGCAGUAUGCCAACAUCGACUUUCGGUUCGUUGCAGACGACGAUCCUGACGCCGACAUUCGCAUCUCAUUCGAAAAAGAUGGCUCUUGGUCUUACUUAGGCACAGAAUGCUGGACGAUACCGAAAGAUGAAGCUACGAUGAACUAUGGCUGGUUCGAUGACAACACUUCCGAGCAGGAAUUUUCUCGCACCACGAUUCAUGAGUUUGGACACGCUCUUGGAUGUGUUCACGAGCACCAGAGUCCGAAGGCGUUGAUCGACUGGGAUAGAGAGGCGGUUUACGCCGCAUUCGUUUCACCGGACGGCUGGAGCAGGGAAGAUGUCGACCGCAAUAUCUUCAAUCGGUAUACGGCUGCAGAGGUUGAAGAAUCACUCUUCGAUAUCAACUCCAUUAUGAUGUACUUCUUCCCCGGAAGGCUGGUCAAGAGCAGAGUCGGGUCGCCGGUCAACUACGUCCUCUCUGUCACUGAUAAAGCCAUGAUCACCACCAUCUACCCCUUUCAGACUCACAACUCUGGAGCCUGGAGCACGCUCUCCGACCGUCUGUGGUACCCGCCUGUUGCUCUUAACGCGAGACAGAUUGACUUUGAUCCCCCAUAUCCGUCACCUCCCCGCGUUGUUGUCGGCCUAACUAGCGUCGACAUGUACUACGGCACCAAUCUCCGCGUUAAGGCCUACGCAGACAACAUCGCCGAGUCAAAAUUCAGGGUCCACAUCGAUUCCUGGGCAAACACAGAGCUUUAUUCCGGUGACGCCACAUGGGUCGAGGCUGAAGAUGCAGAUGCAGAUUACCAGACUGGUACCUUCGACACACAGGGCCUCCAUCCCUGGAACCAGCCCCAGCAGAAGAACUCAGCGCGCAUUAAGUUCAAGAAUGGCUACCAGGACACGCCGAACGUCGUCGUCUGGCUUUCAGGCUUCGACAUGGCGAAGGGCCACAACUGGCGCAUCGCGGUCUCUGCCGACGGCAUCGAUAAAGACGGCUUCACCAUUCACCUCGACAGCUGGGCGGACACUGUUCUCUACGCCGCGCAGGCUUCCUGGAUUGCCUAUGCGAAGGGGAAGGACGGCGUUGCCAGCGGUGCUGAUGAUACGCGGAAUUACCGGCCGUGGUAUCCUGCGCAGGAGAAGAAUGGCAGGAAGGUUGACUUUAAGGCGGGCAUGUAUAACAGGGUGCCGAAGGUCUUCGCCGCUUUGAACUACUUUGACUUCGACUCGGCGAGGAACAUGAGGAUCAAGGUUUCUACUCCGCAGGUCACUGCUGAUGGUUUCACGUGGCAUGGUGAUACCUGGGGCGAUAGCUUGUGCUAUGGUGUCGGCGUAAGCUGGAUUGCGUUUGGUUGA